AUGAAAAUCGAGCAGCCAUCACCUGUCUUCCCGCUUAUCUCCCAACCGCUGCUCAAUUUCAAUCAAGAAAACGUAGCUAAGAUGGCUCAAUCACUCAUAGCUCAGCAGCAGCAGAGAGCUUUGGCGCUUCUGCUAGCUCGGCAGCAGACCAGCCAGCUUCCAGUGCAGCCGACUGCUGCACCGCCGCCGCCGCCCACUCCUUCAAUUUUGCCUUCGUUAUUCUGUGCACUAUGUAGCAAAGCAUUUCCGAACCAGCCAGCUUUUGCUGUGCAUAUGUACAUGUGCCAUAUCCAAGGAAAUAAUGUGCCGAUGAUUGGGGAAGAGACAAAAAUGCCAGUUCUGGCGCCGGUGAAUCCAAUCAAGACCGAAUCGGAAGACACCCACAUCAAUGUGCUCACCUCAACUGCAACGAACUCGUCUUGUUCAUCAAGCCCCCAGGAAACAACCUCCACGGCGUUUACGGCUACAUCGCCGAGCACCACCGAAGAAGUUGGCUCGUCCCCACUGAAUGAAUCGCUCCACUCUCCACCCACCGCACAGAAGGAGAUCCAGACGAAGUGUUGCACUUCAUGCCGCCUUCAUGCCGUACGGUCGAGUGAGCUCGAGGCAGCGCUGUUGGCCAAGAGACACGAAUUGGAGAAGUUUAAGGAAAUGAUGCGAGCGGUAGGUGUUUUUCAAAAAUUGAUAGCAACUAGAUGAUG